AUGACUUUGGUCGCUGGACCGAGGGUAUGGAAUGUCAUCUUAAUAGCUCUGCAAAUGGGAUACUCACAUCAGGGAAUGUACCGUUUUCGAAGGUUACCAUUCGGAGUAACGGCCUCUCCAAGUGUUCUGAAUAUGGCCCUCUCUUCCUACCUCAGCAGCCAUGCAUCUCCCAUCGCUAACGAAAUUGCGAAUAACCUAUACGUAGACAAUAUAAUGAUGCUGGCUGGAACAACAGAGGAGGCAUUGUCGAAGUACCGACAAUCUAAGGAGUUGUUUGCCAAAAUUGGCAUGAACCUUCGUGAAUAUGUAUCGAAUUCUUUCGAGGUCAACUUAAGAAUCCCCGAAGUGGAUAGAUUAGAGUCAGACCGGAUGAAAAUACUCGGCGUCAGCUAUAACAUAGCAAACGAUGUAUUCAGAGUGGAAACGAACUUCCAACCUAUGGAAAGGCUAACCAAGAGAAUCAUUGUGAGCCAAAUAAAUUCAGUUUACGAUCCGAUUGGAUUAGCAGGACCAUUACUGGUCCAUCUGAAAUCAAUGAUGAGAGAGGUUUUUGAACUUGGGGUUGACUGGAAAACCCAUCUCAACCCAACAGUAUGCCAAAGAUGGAAUCGAUUGUGUAGCGAGGUUAACAAUGCGUGCAUCGAAGUGUCACGACCUCUCCACUCCUCAGACCACAAACGAGCAAUACUCAAACGAGUCAAUAAGCUUGGUCGAAACCUCUGUAGAACCCAACGAGAAAACGGUGGACGUCAUAGACCUUUCACGUUUCUCAAGUCUACAAAGAGCGUUACGAGUACUAGCCCUUGUCGGGAAAACAGCAAAAAGCUGGACCGAUCGUACAAACAGAAAUCGUUCGUCAACAAUAGUACUGACUAUUGCAUCCAAUUUUUCAAUGACUGUGGACAUCACAUCAGCCGACAUAGAAGCAGCUGA